CUUGUUCUUCAGCGAUGAAUGCAUUCUCGGAUGACCCAGAAUUUGCUGAUAUUAUAUUGAGAGCAGAGCAUGCAAUAGAAUUUGGAGUUUUUCCAGAAAGAAUCUCUCAAGGUUCAAGUGGAAGUUACUUUGUGAAGGAUCCUAAGAGGAAAAUUAUUGGUGUGUUUAAACCCAAAUCAGAAGAGCCUUACGGUCACCUGAAUCCAAAGUGGACCAAAUUUGUUCAUAAGGUCUGCUGCCCUUGCUGCUUUGGCAGAGGCUGCCUGCUUCUGAAUCAGGGAUACCUUUCUGAAGCUGGUGCCUUCCUUGUGGAUGAAAAGCUUCAUCUGGGCAUUGUACCUAAAACAAAGGUGGUUUGUCUUGUCAGUGAGACAUUUAACUACACUGCAAUUGACCGUGCAAAAUCAAGAGGCAAAAAGUAUGCUUUAGAAAAAGUGCCAAAAGUAGGUAGAAAAUUUCAUCGGAUAGGACUCCCUCCUAAGAUUGGUUCCUUUCAGUUAUUUGUUGAAGGUUACAAGGAAGCUGAAUAUUGGCUUAGGAAAUUCGAAGCUGACCCUUUGCCUGAGAAUAUUAGGAAACAAUUUCAGUCACAGUUUGAAAGAUUAGUUAUUUUGGAUUACAUCAUCAGAAAUACAGACAGGGGAAAUGAUAAUUGGUUAAUCAAAUACGAAAAGCAGAAAUCCGUAGAGGAAACUGACUGUAAGGAAUCAGAAAGGAUCGAUGAUAAAGAAUCGCUUAUUAAAAUAGCUGCAAUUGAUAAUGGUCUAGCAUUUCCUUUUAAACAUCCUGAUGAAUGGAGAGCAUAUCCAUUUCACUGGGCUUGGCUUCCUCAAGCAAAAGUUCCUUUUUCUGAUGAAAUAAGAAACUUGAUUCUACCAUAUAUUUCUGACAUGAACUUUGUGCAAGAUUUAUGUGAAGAUCUUUAUGAACUUUUUAAGACUGAUAGAAGAUUUAAUAAAGCCACUUUUGAAAGUCAGAUGUCUGUCAUGAGGGGUCAGAUCCUAAAUCUUACUCAGGCAUUAAAAGAUGGGAAGAGUCCUGUCCAGCUAGUACAAAUGCCUUGUGUGAUUGUGGAACGCAGUCAAGGUGGGGGUCAGGGUCGGAUUGUCCACCUAAGCAACUCCUUUACUCAGACUGUCCAUUGCAGGAAGCCGUUUUUUUCCUCCUGGUAGCAGAUCACUGUUAACUCAUCACGUGAUUUAAACUGCAAUGAGCCUGAUAUGAAGAUGUGAUUCCAGAGAAGCAGAAGCCUUGUUCUCUUCUUCAUGCUCAAAACCAAUAACAUCACCACUCAGACUAAACCGGGUAUUUAGUGGUCUUGGCCUUUUGUUUUUUAAGCACUUACUGUCCUGUAAUUUUUUUUUUUAAUGAAGUAUUUUUGUGUAGAAAGUAUUUCUUGAAGGUUAAAUUAGGAUGUAAGACAGAUGUGCGGUUCUCUCCUCCUUUCCAUCUUUCUCUUGGUCUUUGUGAUGAGUGAGAACACUGCUGCCCUAAUGGGGUUUGUUGGAAACACGUGUUCUCCUACCUCUCUGACCCUCCAUUAGCUUGAUUUUGAGAUAAUGGAAAAUUGACUGGAAAUUCAAAACUCAAACUCCCGUCUUUAGGGGAUUACCAGUAAUUAAAAUGUGCCUUUUGAAGAUGUGUUCUAAAACAAAGGAAAUAAGUUGCUGUGAUGUGGGUACUGCUGUCAUAAACCAGUUUUUUUCAGUAUUUUGAGAAAUGCCAUAUUAAUUUUAUAAUGGAAAACAGAUUGCUACUGUUUUAUAUCCUAAAAUUAAAUAGUAUGGAGAUAUUUUUAAAUGGUCCGACCAUGCCAGAAAAGUAAAGUUGAUAUAUGUAAGAUAUAAUUACAAGUCAGAGUACAUUGGUUAUAUUUUGUAGUUUCAUGAAUCUAAUUCUUAUUUAAAUAUUGUUUUUUUUAAUGAGUAUAUUUAUAGUAUUAGACAUGGUAGACUAAAUGUAAUAAAAAUCACUGUCUUAAGGUUAUAUUUCUUCUGUAUGUAUGUACAUUGAAUAUUUAGAAUGCUUGUGAACACAUUUACAUUUAUAAAUGAUGCCAAACUACCAUUUUCUUACAUUA